AUGUCCCCGCGGUGUCCCCACGGUGUCCCCGCGCUGUCCCCAGGCACAGCGGGGUGCUGUCGGCGCUGGGCCUGGCGCUGGCGGACGUGGUGCAGGAGGAGCAGGAGCCCUGUGCCCUCCCCUACGGGCCCGACUCCUUCCCCCGGCUCGACGGGCGCCUGCGGGAGCUGGAGCGGCGCUGCCGGGACGCGCUGCGGGAACAGGGGUUCGCCGAGGAACAGAUCCAGACCGAGUCCUUCCUGCAUCUGCGCUACGAGGGCACCGACUGUGCCCUGAUGUGCUCGGCCCGCGGGCACCCGGCACAUCCCGGCUCCUGCCGCGCCGGGGACUUCCUGGCCGCCUUCACCGCCCGGUCAGUGCCACCAGCUCUGUCCCGGUGCCGCCAUCCCGCUCCCAGCGCCAUG